AAGAGAACUGCAACAACAAAACACAGGCAUAGCUGGCAGGAAUGCAAAGUGACCACGGCUUUGGUUGAUGGACGGAUAAUGAAAGCAAGAUGGAGGUUGAACUGGGAGAACUGACCGAUGAGGAGACGGCGGCCAUCUUGGAUGUUUUGGCAAGAGACCGAGAGCUACAAGAGAGAGAGGAGAGGAGGGUAAGGGAGUUGGCCCGGAGAGAGAGUGACCCAGAGUGUCUACGUCGCCUAUCAGGGACAUGGUUUACUGAGGAGAGGGACCGACGACACCACAAGGGUGGAGUGGACGCUGUACGCGCCUCUAUCCGCCAGAAGAAACGUGUUAAAGAUGUUCCUGUUACCACUAUUUUUGAGGACCAGACGGACAUUGGGAGUAAAGUAAGAGCAGGAGAGGAGGAGGAGGCUGAAGAGGAAGAGGAGGAGGCUAGAGAAGAUGACGAGGAGGAAAAGCAAAGUAACGGCCCUGAAGCCCCAGUGCGUGCGUCUACCCCUGUGCCUGCACCCCGGCCCAGGGCCAGGACGCCACGCUCAAAGAAGAACGAUGAAGGAGAAACUGAAAGUUCUUCAGGAAGUCAAGCUGUGGUUGAUGCAGAAGGUGAUGUGUCCUCCUCAGUGAGAGGGCCGGAUGAGAAGGUGGAGAAGGUGGAGGUGGCUAAGGAGGUGGAGGAGGCAGAGGAGGCUGAACAAGCAGACAAGGCUCCCAGUGAGACACACUCAUCAUCACUGCAGGAAACAGAUGCAUUCAGCAUUCUGGAACUUGAGCCAAUCAAAAUUGGAUCCACCAGCAGUUUGCAGUACAACACAAUGUGGAAUGGCAGUGUGACGAGUCUGAAGAGCGUGGGGGACAUGGCGGAUGUGGUGGUGAGCGGCCAGAUCCAGUUCUCAAUACAGUACCACCACCACCGGGGGGAGCUCACCGUCUACGUCUACCGCUGCCAGGACCUCGCGCAGGCACGCAGGAACCGCACACCUAACCCGUAUGUGAAGGUCUAUCUCCUGCCCGAUGUGUCUGCCCAGAGUAAGAGGAAGACAUCGGUGAAGAAGAAGGCGGUCAACCCCAUCUACAACGAGAUGUUCACAUAUAAAGUGGCUGACAUUCGGGGCCGCGUGCUGUCCCUGUCCGUGUGGCAUGCUGACCCGCUAAGGACCAACGUGUUCCUGGGGGCAGCGGAGGCACAGCUGGGACACUGGGACUGGGACAAGACCGAGCCCACCUGGCACUCCCUGCAGCCCAGGUUUCUUAUGGAUCCUGCCAUGGGAACAACCACAGGAACAAUUCUGUUGUCACUGAAGUUCAUACCAGCUGGUUCUGAAGGGUCCGGCCUUCCACCAACUGGAGAGCUGCACAUCUGGCUCAGGGAGGCUGUAGUCGUCACCUCUAAACACAGAGUUCCCAGCACAUUCAUUAAAAGUUGUGUGUUGCCAGAUGAGGGCCAGGCCAGUGGCCAGAGGACCCGUGUGGUCAAGCGCUCGGCCUCUCCUCUCUUCAACCACACCAUGGUGUACGACGGCAUCCACCCCUCCGACCUAGAGGAGAUCUGCGUGGAGAUGACAGUGUGGGACAAACACACGCUCACCACACACUGUUUAGGAGGAGUGAGGUUUAGCACAGGCUCAGGGGUGAGCUAUGACCAGGCGGUGUCGUGGAUGGACUCGUCUGAAGAGGAGCAGAAGGUGUGGAGGACCGUCAUGAGCCACCACAACCGCUGGGUGGAGGCAGCCCUGCCCCUCAGGACUGACCUGCAGCCCAGCGUCUGAUCCUGCGGGCUGUUCACCCUGAUGCUGCGUAUAUGCAGAGGCGAUUCUUGUGUCAGUGGGGGGAAUGAACAUUUGAAGCAAAUUGGCGUGAUUAUAGUUUAAAGUUUAGCUGUUUUUCACCAUCUAGUGGCUUGGGGGCCCCAAGCGGCUGCCUGCCUUGCCGGGUGACAAAAUGCGCCGCUGCUGCAUUGACCUAGGCACCUGAACCUGGCUCUUAAAGGAGAAUUCAGCCAAUUUCAACAUGCAGUUCUAUUGCUCACUCUACACUUAACUUGUCAGUACAUUGCGGCGAAUCAUUUUUUGUUCAGCACUUUCUAAGAUAAUGGCCAGCUAAUGACAUGU